GUGGCGCAUGAAAACUGAAACAAGAAUUUCAGUGAAGAAUACCAGAAUAGUUCGAAUUUUCAAUGUUGAACUAAGAAUCAAACAACGCUAUAGACAAUCCUGAGUCGUCAUCAAUUCAAAUAAUCUGUGUUCUUGUCUAGCAUUUCUACAAUUUAGAUCACGUUGACCGGAAUGCUCGAUUGUGCAAUUUGUUUGUGGCUGAAUUGUUAUGAGAGAAUCGCAGUUCGCACCUUACCUCCGUUGCCUCCGUGACCUCGUCUCGGAAAUGUCAAUCGUCAUUAUCCGUGGUGUUCGUCAAAGGCCUCUGAAAUUCUGCUGUUGAUAUCUUUGGUUUUUGUAAAAGCAAGAAAGGAUCGUUAAAAGUCAGGGAUCACUUUUGAAGAAGACAUGGCUUCACCAUCUGUGUUGGUGGACUCCAGCCCCCAAGUUCUCACUGGCACUGUUCAAGAUGUCAACAUCCCUCAUCAAAGGCCAGCAGCAACCGGAGAUGAUGAACGCACAGCCAGUCAGCCGGCGGCCUCACCUUACCGUUCUCCGGAGCAGCCAGCUGCAACACCAAACCAGGAGGCCUGUGUGCCACAGCGAGAAGCUCCUAGCACAUCGCCACCGGCCUCUCCUGGCUCAGGGAUCCCCGCCGCCCAAUCAGAUUCUGCCCAGAAGCCACUGCACCGUCCCUUGAAGCGGGGCCGCGGCCGUCGGGGCCGCUCUCGUGCCAGCCGCACCGGCCGCGGGGCGGUGGACCGCGACACACUGCUAGCUGAGGGACAUCCGCUGGCGCCCCCCAACGACACCGACUUCCUGAUGGACGACCACGACGACCAGGCUGAUUCGGACCUGCUGUUCGACCGGUACGGCCAGCCGACGCCGCGAGAGUCUCCGGCCGGGCCGCACGUGGGCUGGGCGGCGGCGCCGGCCGGCCUGUCCGGCUGGCCGCUGCUCGAGCCCAGCAUGGCGCGCCUGAUUGCCGAGCACAUCCAGAUGGAGAGCCACAUUGAGGCGCUGGAGGCGCGCAUUGCGCAGGUGCGCCAGCGGCGCGACUCGGGCUCCGACGGCUCCGACGAGGAGAUGCAACAGGGCGAGGUGCACAUGGCACCCGAGACGGCCACCAAGAUCCGGGUGCUGGAGGCCGAAAUCCGCCGCCUGGAGGAGGAGAACGCCGCGCUGCGCCAGUUCAACGAGCGCAUCAUCGACGAGCGGGGCCUGGACGCCGGCGCCGGCUCGGUGGAGUCGUACACCAGUGACAGCGAGAGCGACUCGAGCAGCUCGAGCUCGGCCAGCAGCGCGUCCAGCUCAUCGGACUCGUCCUCGAGCGGCUCCGAGUCGCCGCCGCCGUCGACGCCGGCCAGCCCGCGGAUGCCUGCCAGUGUGUGAUGGCCGCGGCGCCGGCCGGACGACGGGAGAGCACUGGCCCGAACCGGUCGGUGAACUAUGUGCGCGGUACGUGUGAGUCUGCGUCCGUGGCUCUGGUCUUCUUGUGAUGUGGAGGCUUUUGGAGCAUGACUGUUGGUGUCGAAGUUGAUUUUGAAGCGGUCUUGAGUCGAAUGUUCUCAUAUGUCAUCUACUGAUUGUUGAUGAAGUGCGGAAGUGGUGAGAGCGCGAAUGUGAUCAGCCUUUUAUCGAAAAGAAGAGGCUGAUUCUUGUUUGGAUGGCCCAUUUCAUUCCAGUAUCGGUCUUGACUUAUUUGUAGUGUGUCUGCAUCAUAUGGUUCCAACAUCAUGCAUUCAUGGACCGUGAAACCCGUGAGUGUAUUUCAACCGAUUGCGAUUUGCCAAUCAUUCAGUUCUACUGAGUUCUGGAAAUUUAACACCAUUUCGAUAAAAAAUGUACGAAUGCAUAGUACAAAGUCCCUGUAACGUGGUUGCGUGAAUGGGUCGAUAUCGGGCAUUUUCAUCGCCAAUGCCUGCUUUGUUAACAAACUCACGCUGUACACAUGUUGGCAAAUGAAAUGGGUCUCAGCAUUGCAUCUCGGAUGUUAAUAAAGGGUAACCGAUCGUUGAAAA